AUGGCGCGCACACAUGAGCUGCCUUUUCGCGGUCUCCCCAGGGAAUUGCGCGACAUGAUAUGGAAACACGCUUUGACUGUCGAUGAUGUCCCGUUUCGAGUACUGUCAAGAUUAGAGAAACCAAAUUUUGGGUGCCUUGGACUCCCCGACCUUCUCUUACAUCUCAGUCGCUUGACCAACACUUGCAACGACCCGCCCCACCUGAGACUCUUCUUAACCAACAAACAGGUGUAUGCAGAGUCGUCUCUCGUCUUUUACUCAAGCAAUGAGUUCACGAAGGAUGUCAUGAGUCUCGACGACUCCAAAUUCAACGCCAACAUCAGAUAUGUGACUCGACGUGUGCGCCUUGAGACUCGACUCUGUCAAGCCGAGAUCCAGAGAUCUUUGCCUCCUCUACCCAACAUCAAUCUGCCUUUCGCUAAUCACAGACUUGAUAUGCUCACCAUAACAAUGCCCUCCGAACCUCCAUCUCUUCCAGUACUCAUCAAAGGCGAGAACUUGGCCAUUGCGCCCUCUCUCGCUGUGAACAUUGUCGACUGCAUGCUCAAAGGCUUUAUCAAGCGAAUCCGCCUUGUCUACCCUACCCUCACCAGUUUCUUCACUCCUAUACAGUUCUGGACUAUCAGAGUCUUGCGGAAAGGCAAGCCUGCCAUUACCGGGAAAGUGGGCCACAUACUCAACGAGGCCUGGUGGAAUACGGACAGGGGUAAAUACGCCGAGGUGCUGUACAAACUCCAAAACGUUCCCACGCUAGGCUUUACCGCCAGGUUCGAGGACGGUACGUUCAUGAGAUUACCGAGGGGUAACGCCGUGAUUGUGCUCAGUCGCAUCGAGGACGAACCGAUCAAGAAGCAUACAGUCCCACGUCCCAGAGUGUGCAUUGUCAGCUCAAACUCUCAUUCCAAACGCAGACUUCCCUGGAAUCCUGAUAUUGCCGACUCGAGACCCAGCAAGAUCCCUCGCUUGAAGCUACCCGUCUUCAUAGCCUUUUCGGAGAGUCGUUCGAACAAGAUGCCUCAACGUGCUGUGCAAGAAAGAUUCAAGGGAAAGUCGAACCAGAUCCGCCGCCUGAUGAACGACCGAGGACCGCUUUUGACUCAGAUACCACGAGAGACGUACCGCUGGCAGCACCAUCCAAGCUACGAUGAACGAAAAACGGUCGUUCCUGAUCGCAGCAGAGACCGAACCAUGAACACGAAGCACUGGCCGUUUCUCUGA